CCCCUUCCUGCUCCCCCGCCGGUCCGCCCGCCUUCCUCCCCUCUCCCCGCCCGGCCUCCCCCGCCUUCCCCCACGGGCCCCCUCCGCGCAGGGAUACUAUGAUCUCCGGCGAUGGACGCCCCCGGUGCAGGAUAUGCUUUUGAAUACCUUAUUGAAACAUUGCAUGACAGUUCACGUAAGAAGUUCUUCAAUGUACCUAGACUUGGAGGCACCAAGUAUGAUGUUCUGCCUUACUCAAUACGGGUCCUGUUGGAAGCUGCUGUGCGGAACUGUGAUGGUUUUUUAAUGAAAAAGGAAGAUGUCAUGAACAUUUUAGACUGGAAAACCAAACAAAGUAAUGUCGAAGUGCCCUUUUUUCCUGCCCGUGUUCUUCUUCAAGAUUUUACUGGAAUACCAGCAAUGGUGGAUUUUGCUGCUAUGAGGGAGGCAGUAAAAAUUCUUGGAGGUGACCCGAGAAAAGUUCACCCUGCCCGUCCGACGGAUCUCACAGUUGACCAUUCUUUACAGAUCGACUUCAGUAAAUGUGCAAUACAGAAUGCUCCGAAUCCUGGAGGUGGCGACCUACAGAAAGCAGGAAAGCUCUCUCCGCUCCGAGCGCAGCCCAAGAAGCUUCCCUGUAGAGGCCAGACCACCUGCCGGGGACCGUGCGAGUCCGGAGAGCCGGGCCGAAACUCAGGAAGAUUUUCUUCGCAGAUUGAGAACACACCCAUUCUCUGUCCUUUUCAUUUGCAACCAGUGCCUGAACCUGAAACAGUGUUAAAAAACCAAGAAGUAGAAUUUGGCAGAAAUCGGGAGAGACUUCAAUUUUUCAAGUGGAGUUCAAGAGUUUUUAAGAACGUGGCUGUGAUCCCUCCUGGAACUGGAAUGGCCCAUCAGGUCAACUUAGAGUAUUUGUCGAGAGUGGUGUUUGAGGAAGACGACCUCCUCUUCCCAGACAGCGUGGUCGGCACAGAUUCUCAUAUAACCAUGGUGAACGGCUUGGGGAUUCUGGGCUGGGGGGUCGGAGGCAUUGAGACCGAAGCGGUCAUGCUGGGUCUGCCCGUUUCUCUUACUCUGCCGGAGGUGGUUGGGUGCGAGUUGAUCGGCUCAUCAAACCCUUUCGUCACGUCCAUAGAUGUCGUGCUUGGCAUCACAAAGCACCUCAGGCAAGUAGGAGUGGCUGGAAAGUUUGUUGAGUUUUUUGGAAGUGGAGUUUCGCAGUUAUCUAUAGUGGAUCGGACCACAAUAGCAAACAUGUGUCCAGAAUAUGGUGCUAUCCUCAGCUUUUUCCCUGUUGACAAUGUGACAUUAAGACAUUUAGAACACACAGGUUUUGACAAGGCCAAACUCGAGUCGAUGGAAACAUACCUUAAAGCUGUGAAACUGUUUCGACAUGACCAGGAUAGUUCAGGAGAACCCGCGUACUCCCAGGUGAUCCGGAUUUGUCUGAAUUCAGUAGUUGCAUCUGUCAGUGGUCCGAAGAGACCUCAGGAUAGAGUUGCUGUGACGGACAUGAAACGUGAUUUCCAAGCUUGCUUGAAUGAAAAGGUGGGAUUUAAAGGCUUCCAGAUUGCAGCGGAGAAGCAGAAGGAUAACGUCUCUAUUCGUUACGAAGGAAGUGAGUACACCCUGUCUCACGGCUCUGUGGUCAUGGCCGCGGUCACCAGCUGCACCAACAACUGUAACCCGUCCGUCAUGCUCGCCGCAGGUCUCCUGGCUAAGAAAGCCGUGGACGCCGGCCUGCAGGUUAAACCGUAUAUAAGGACGAGUCUGUCUCCAGGCAGCGGGAUGGUCACACAUUACCUCAGCUCCAGUGGCGUGUUACCGUACCUCAGUAAGCUCGGAUUCGAAAUUGUUGGCUACGGAUGCUCAACGUGUGUGGGGAACACAGCGCCCUUGUCGGAAGCAGUUCUCAGUGCAGUCAAGCAGGGUGAUUUGGUUACUUGUGGAGUUUUAUCCGGAAACAAGAAUUUUGAAGGUCGUCUCUGUGAUUGUGUUCGUGCCAAUUACCUUGCCUCCCCACCCUUGGUGGUGGCUUACGCCAUAGCGGGCACGGUGGACAUAGACUUCCAGACGGAGCCUUUAGGCACUGACGCUACUGGCAAGAGUGUUUACCUGCAGGACAUCUGGCCCACCAGAGAGGAGGUCCAGCAGACGGAGGAAGAGCGCGUUACACCGUCCAUGUUUAAAGCACUGAAAGAGAAAAUGGAGAUGGGAAACAAGCGUUGGAAUUCCCUGGAGGCACCGGACUCAGUGCUAUUUCCUUGGGACUUGAAGUCCACGUACAUCAGAUGUCCUUCAUUUUUUGAUAAGCUUACCAAAGAGCCAGGUGCCCUGCAGCCCAUUGAAAACGCGCAUGUCCUCCUGUUCCUGGGGGACGCGGUCACCACGGACCACAUAUCGCCUGCGGGGAGCAUCGCCAGGAGCAGCGCCGCUGCCAAGUACUUGACGAACAGAGGCCUUACUCCUCGCGAGUUCAACUCCUACGGGGCCCGCAGAGGCAACGACGCCGUGAUGACAAGAGGCACGUUCGCGAAUAUCAAGCUGUUCAAUAAGUUCCUUGGGAAACCAGCUCCCAAAACAGUUCAUUUCCCGUCGGGACAGACGCUUGACGUGUUUGAGGCGGCCGAGCUGUACCAGAAGGAAGGCGUCCCCCUGAUCAUCUUGGCAGGGAAGAAAUACGGUUCUGGAAAUUCCAGGGACUGGGCUGCCAAAGGGCCGCGUCUGCUGGGUGUGAAAGCUGUUUUGGCUGAAAGUUACGAAAAAAUUCACAAAGAUCAUUUGAUUGGAAUUGGCAUAGCGCCAUUGCAGUUCCUUCCGGGAGAGAAUGCAGAUUCCUUGGGCCUCUCUGGCAGAGAAACGUUUUCUCUAGCAUUUCCCGAAGAGCUGUCUCCUGGAGUUACGUUAACUAUGAAGACGAGCACUGGGAAAGUAUUCAGCGUGAUUGCUUCGUUUGACAGUGACGUGGAGGUGGUGUUAUACAAACACGGAGGACUAUUAAACUUUGUGGCACGAAAAUUCUCAUAGUCUCUACUCCACACGGACACCCUUUCAGAACUGGUAACUGCGAGUAAAGCCUUUCGUGCUGGACCCGGGGCUCCCCGCCUGCCGCUGCAGACGGUCCCGUGCGCUCACCGAUCUCACCACGGGUGUAAAUGGUUAUGAAUCAACGUAGGGACUGAAAUGAAAUCUUUCUGAUUUUAAAUAAUAUACGAAUGGUGCUAUUAACCAUGCUCAAAUCAACGUGUGAGGUGUGCUGUGGGAGAGGCCUCUAAGUACGGGGGCAUUUUAUCAGACCAUUUUGUAAAUAAAGACAGAAUUUGAACUUGU